GAAGCAGCAACACGAUGCUUUGGGGCAAGUUAUGUCCACUAAAAGUCUUUUUUUUCUGCAACUUACACACUGAGACUGAAUGAAUCCACAAUGAGGUUGGCUUCAAGUCUCAUCUGCCUGCUGAAUAUAAAACAUAUGAGGAAUAUUUGAACUAUCAUCACUUUAUGUCAGAUAAGCGCAGGAACACGUGAUAUAUGAGCUGAAAUUUGCAUGAGUGCAGGACGUUGCAGCCAGUGGAGUUUGUGUUGAUAAACCUUCAUGAGGUGACUGUUGCUCCAGGAGGGCAGUCGUCACACGACAUGGAUGCUGUGACAGGUCUGCUCUUUCACCUGUGGGUCGGUGUCACAGCGAGCUCAGCAGCGGAUCUGCAGAAGAAGAAUCAGAAGAGGAUCAUCGGAGGAAAGGAGUGUGACAGAGAGGAUCGUCUGUACCAUGUGAGACUGGUAGGGAGGUUGAGGGUAAAACAAAAGCUUUGUGGAGGCUCUCUGAUCAGUGACCGGUGGAUUCUGACUGCAGCUCACUGCUGGGAGAUGGGAUGGACUUUGACUGCAUAUUUAAACGUGCAUCCAGAUCAAAAAGCCUCCAAAGAAACAAAAAUCAGCGCAGUUCCUGAGAUCUUUUACGACAACAAUGGGAGACAUGACGUCAUGCUGCUGCAGCUGCCUGAACCAACUGAUAUUACACCUGUCCAACUUCCUGACUGUGAACGUCGUCCUAAAGUAGGUGAUAAAGUUCAGGUUGCUGGUUUUGGAGCCACAGCUGCAGGUCCUAAUAACAAGAGACAACCUGGUGUUUCAGAUUCUCUCCAGUGUGUAGACAUCUCGGUCGUCGACUGCACGAGGCUCAGGGGUAUUAUGAGCAACGACCCACAAGCGAUGUAUGAACACUGGUUCUGUGGUCAAACUCCUAAGGUGGACACGUGUCCAGGUGACUCUGGUGGAGGAGUGGUGUUCAAUAAGAUGAUUUAUGGUUUCCAUUCGUUCACCGGUAAUCCCAAGAACGCCUGUUCUGAAGCGGCUGGAUUCAUGGACGUCUGUGCAUACAAAGACUGGAUCAACAAGACUAUUGACAGAAAAUGAGAAACUACAGGAAUGCUUUAGUUUGGGUUAACUGUGAAACCUUACUGUCAUUUUAAAGGCCUUUCACAUUUAAUAAAGCUGUUUGCAACUGGUAAAAGUGAAAUCAAUCAAAU